UCGUGCCACGUCAGAGCUACAAAACAACAGUCUUCAUCACUGCUGUCUGCAGCUUCCAGCAGUUCCUUUUUACGCUUUCACCAUGCUGUACUUGGGACUCAGCUGCUUGCUGCUGCAUGUGUUUGUGGUGUUUGGGACUGAGCUCACAUUUGAGCUCCCUGACAACGACAAGCAAUGUUUCCACGAGGAGCUAGAGAAAGACGUGAAAUUUGACAUAGAUUUCCAAGUCAUUUCAGGAGGCAACUAUGAUGUGGACUGCUUUGUCACUGAUCCUCUAAACAAUGUCUUGUAUAAUGAGAAGAAGAAGCAGUACGACAGCUUCUCUCACACCACAGCCAUGAAGGGCGUCUACAAGGUCUGCUUCAGCAACGAGUUCUCCACUUUUACACACAAAACGGUGUACCUGGAGUUCCGCCAUGGAGAUGAGGAACCUCUCCUGCAGAGCAUGACUAGUACUACAGCACUGACUCAGCUGGAGUCGUCUUGCGUUUCCAUUCACGAGAUCCUGAAGGUGGUGGCUGACUCUCAGACAUGGUACAGGCUGAGAGAGGCGCAUGACCGCACAAAAGCAGAGCAUCUCCUCGAGCGGGUGACCUACUGGUCCAUCGGCGAAACCGUCCUGCUGUUCAUCAUCGGCAUCGGUCAAGUCUUGUUGCUCAGGAGCUUCUUCACUGAGAAGAAAGGCUCUGUGGCAGCCACCACCUAGAACUCGUAGUCUUGAUGUGCCCUCAGAAAGACAGGUGGAAACUUGUUAAUGCAAACACACAAGUGCAUCUGGAGAGCAGCAGGCGUCUUGUAGUGUUUUCAGCAAACCCUUUUGUUAGAGGGAUAGUUCGCGAAGUUUUCUUAAUUUUUUCCUAGUGUCAGAUAAACUUGUGAAUGCCUUUUUCAUGUCUGUGUUGUCUUGUUCUUGACAAGCUGUACUGAAAAGAAACACCACUCGUACUUGUGUUGAAAAUGAGAUUGACACCUUUCAACCUUGCACAGACUAUUUAUUAUUUUUUUAUAGAAGUGCAACAUAAAGCAGGUUUAGUCUGAUCCAUCUGUUAAUGACCUGGAUUGCCUUACACUAGGACCGGAUUUUCAUCUGGAUACCCAGCAAGUACAUAGUGGCACACUGAUAGAAACCAAAGAAGUGUUGUUUCUGAAUGUUAGUUUUAUUUGUUUUAUAGUGUGAGUAUUGUUUGUUAUUACCUUAAUUUAUGUGCAAAAAUGAUUGUUGUAAGAGCUCCGUCUCCCUCAUGUCCUUGUGUGUCUCAUACAAAGUGCCUUAAGAAAUCUUUUUUUUUUUUUCAUUUCCUACCAAGUUGAAAGUUUACUGUUUUAAUUUGUUAUGUGCCAUCCUGUUACUGAUUCAUUGUAUUCUCAGUUUUCCAUUUGGGUGUGAUUACAAGUCUGUUAUUUCAUAGAGAUACAUUUAAUGGACAUUGUUAAGUGACUAUUGAUAUGGCUUUUACCCCCACCAAGUCCUGUAUGUUUAUCUGUAAAACCUGUUAACAGAUUUUAGUAAAAUUUGGUGGAAAGUCAUUUUUGGUGAAGAUGCAAAUCUAAUUUCUUGACCUUGCCAGAUUAGGAUUUUCAUUUUGAGCAUUUUUUGGGGGGGGGGUAUUUUCUGGCACUAUGAAGCCAAUUCAGAUCCAGGUUCACAUAAAAAUGUAUUUUUAAUUUAAAAAGUUUUCAUAAGAAAACGUGUUAAUUAAAGUAAGAAACUUAGAUAACUGUGCAGCCUUGGCAGACAUCCGCCCUCUUAGUGUUUUCUAAUUAACAGAUGAACCGCACGUUACAGGAGAUGAUUAAAAAGCUAUUUCUGGCAGGGCAGACUCAGACCCUCUUAGUAGCAUCUUUUACCAUUUAGUAUCACGAACAAAAAUGAUACGGCUUGGACAAGAAUGACAUUAGAUGAGUUUGUAUGUUAAACAGAAAAGUGUUGUGUACAAAUCCAGUCCUAUAUUUAAGCAAGGUGCAGGUAAGAAGAUUCAGAAAAGACUCCUAAACUUUUAUUAUAACUAAGCAGACAAUGUGUGAACGCUAGUGGGUCUUCCUCCGGUUUCUCAGAAGGAUUAAAAAGUUGUCAGUUAAAAGUUUCAGUGCUAUAAUUGAGUGUACUCUGCUUUUAACAUGCAGAGGAAUGUUAAAAAAGCCUAUGUGAGCAGAUCUUUGUCUCUGAUAUGAAUGUCUUUACUCUUCCGAUACAUUCACAUUCCUCGUAUACAACAGUGUUGGGGGAAAAAGUGGACUAGACUGCUGCCUGGACAGGCUGCUGCAUGAGGGUUAGGAAAGAGGAAACAGGAAGAAGGAAGGAUUGUUUAUUUUCCCAAAACGUUCUUUAUUUACAACAAAGAGGUAUAAUAACGAUUGUCAUACAACAACAGUAAAGAGCAACUUCCAUAGGAGUCCUAAGUCCACUCAUUGUGAGUCCUUGUAGAGUUCAAAUAAAUUUUGCUUCCUUCAAAUUA